CGCCCGCGGCGUCCACGAUGGGAAAGGAGGCCGGUUACCCGGCGGCGAUGUGCUCCCACUUGAACCACGAUGAGAUUAAAAGGCUGAGCAGGCGGCUCCAGCAGCUGGACUUGGACGGCUCGGGCGCUCUGAGCGUGGAGGAGCUCCUGGCCCUGCCCGGGCCGCGGCGCGAUCCGCUGGCGCGGCGAGUGAUUGACGGCCUCGACACCGACGGCAACGGCGAGGUGGACUUCAAGGAGUUCAUCGUGGGGACGUCCCACCUCAGCGUGAAGGGCGACGAGGAGCAGAAGCUGAGGUUCGCCUUCAGCAUCUACGACAUGGAUAAGGACGGCUACGUUUCCAACGGGGUCUUUCGGGUGCUGAAGGUGAUCGUGGGGGACAGCCUGACGGACUGGGAGUUACAGCAGCUCGUCGACAAAACCAUCAUCCUCCUGGACACGGACGGCGACGGGAGAAUAUCCUUCGAGGAGUUCAGCGCCGUGGUCCGAGGCCUGGAGGUCCACAAGAGCUUGGUGGUCAUUGUGUGAGCCUUUUUUAACAAGCAUCACCCAACAACGACUUUUUUCUUUCUUCUCUCUCUCUGUCGAGAUCAGCUCAAGACGCCCGGCAACUGUCUCUCUGACUUACUUGGGUAAGUAUUUCUCUUUGGAAAACCACAUUUUCUAACACAAACCUCAUGACCAGCUCUGUGUUAUUAAUUAUUCUUCUCUCGGUGAUUCAAGGUAGCACUUGAGAGGGGAAGAACAAGGCGAAGGAGUGUGGUAGGGGGAAAAAAUGGCUUUUAUAAAUGUCUUUUUCUUUGUUUAGAUUCAGAGACCAAACUAUAAAGAGUCAAGAAGAACUUUAAAAGUUCAAAAAUAAGGAAAUAUACAUCUUUGCCUUUACCUCUCAUGGUUUUAUAUGUGGGAGAAAAUUGUACAAUUCAAAUCAA